AUGUCGACGCCAACUUUCAAGAACUGCCGACGCCUGAUGGUUUGGAUGGCCAUCAAAUUCGGAGGGCGACCGGUCUGGCGUUCAACGGCGAAGACGAUAAAUAGCAAGGUUUUCAUCGAUAUCGUAAAGGAUGCCUUCGGUUACAACGGCGUUUAUCGACGUCGAAUGGACACCGUAGCGUUGCAGGAUAAUGCUCCCACCCACCACUCAAAGGAGGUAUGCUGUCACUUCAGCUUACGACUAAAAUCUACUAUUUUAGACCACAGCCAACCUCUCUGCCUGCGGCCUUCAAAGCAUUUUCAUUCCCACUAACAGCCCGGAUCUAAAUCACAUCGAAAAUCUUUUUGCACUAAUCAAAAGAAAUUGGAAAAAGGCACGGAAACAUCUUUCUACGGAACAAAAUUUGAAAUUUCUGCUUAAUACUUACACAGACCAAACCACUAUAGACGACUUGGUAGUCUCUAUGUCCUCCCGCCUUACAGCAACUUUAAAAGCCAAAGGACAAUCAACAAAGUACUGACACGUUGUAUUUGUUACUGUUUUUCAUUUUUCUGUCGUUCUGUGAAAUUUCCCUUCUUUCCUGACAGUUAUAUUAGACCCUGAAUUGUUGGCCUGUCAUACAGUCGACUUUUUGAUUUGGUGGUUUUUUCCUAAAAUAAGUUAUUCCUGAGUCAAUAACUAAUACUUCAUAAACCAAACUAUGCCGUAUUUUGAAGCUCAGUAGUAUAUUUAAUGCAGUAUAACUUUCGUGGAUGCGGGGUGGCAGUAUCGGGCGCUACAGCGAUCUAAGUUCCCAGUUCACGACAUUUCAUCAGAUAGGUCACGAACUGUAAGUACAUUAGGUGGGCUACCUCAUGAAAUGUCAACCGAAAUUCCGAAGUGCGUUUUCGUUUCGAAAAGAUUAGUUAAAUAGGGUUGUAAAACCAAUCACUCUGAAGUAUAAUUCUAUAAUAAUUCAGAUACCUCAGGGUGCUGGCUUUCGAAUGAACUUCCUUCCGACUGCAAACAAAAACUACACUCUGUAAAGAAUGACUACUUGAGUAGCAUGCAUUUUUCUCAUUGAUUUUCGAUGCCCCUAAAAGUUCAGUUAUAUUUCGUGGAAAGCAUGCAUAAAAAUAUUCAUUCUUCCGCUCAUUCGGUAGAAAAUUACGUCUUCUUCCAAUGUUAUACUCGAAGGAGUGAUGUGGUUCUGUUUUAGAAAAGUUUCUAAUUGUGAGUCUUUUAAAUACCGUGAAAUGGCCGUUCAUAAAACGUCUUGUAUCUGCAUUUACCAAUAUGGAUCAAAUCCAAUGCAAAAUUUUAAUGAACUCCAUAUGGUCUCCUCUCAAUACAGUAGAGAAAUGUGUGGUUUUUCGUACGCGGAAAAUACAUGGCUUAUAGUUUGGAAACCCUGAAUGUAAGUGUGACGGCAGAGCGGGUUCAAAAUUAUUCGGGAAUUAGAAAAGUUUUUGAAAACCGAAUAAUACCCUUCCUUCGAGUAUAAAAUUGGAAGAGGACGUAAUUUUCUACCGAAUGAGCGGAAGAAUGAAUAUUUUUAUGCAUGCUUUCCACGAAAUAUAACUGAACUUUUAGGGGCAUCGAAAAUCAAUGAGAAAAAUGCAUGCUACUCAAGUAGUCAUUCUUUACAGAGUGUAGUUUUUGUUUGCAGUCGGAAGGAAGUUCAUUCGAAAGCCAGCACCCUGAGGUAUCUGAAUUAUUAUAGAAUUAUACUUCAGAGUGAUUGGUUUUACAACCCUAUUUAACUAAUCUUUUCGAAACGAAAACGCACUUCGGAAUUUCGGUUGACAUUUCAUGAGUUAGCCCAGCCACUGCAUGUCAUUUUCUAAACUUCUUUUAGCCACUUCCAGCAUACGUUUCGUAAGUGCUCCAGCGAAGGAAGUUAUUCUCGUUUGUGCGAAAUGGAAAGGAAAAAAUACGAAGGACGUUUGGAUGCCGAUAUAAAAAUGUGCCACGAAAAAUUCUGACAUAAACUUCCAGAUAUUACUGAAAUGUGAUUGAGAUUAAGUCUAGACAGACUACAUCUAGCUACUUCCGUAAGCAAAAGUAGUCGCCGCAGUCUCCCUUAUCUCUACCGUCAAUGCUUCUGAAUACCCUCAACUGGCGGGUACAGCCACGCGUCUGCAGUGAAUCGGUAGUCGUGUCUGAUAACAACGCGUUUUUGUUUGGUGUAUUAUUGCAUGUUCAUGGUGUAUGGAGUGUCUAGUUUUGAUCAAACCGUGCAGGUGUGGCAGGUCGCGUCAUUUGUCUCCUGCAGGCGGUAGCUGCAUCUCACGGUUCUCAACUGGCACCCAGCUGUCAUCUGUGGCUCGCCAAAGCUGGCCUCAGCCCAGCGGUCACACCCCAGUGAACGCCUCGACCGGCGGGCUAGACCUUCUGAGGGUAUGCGGUGUUGUGUGUCCCCACACCUGGUAAUUCUGCUCUACCUUCUGUCCCUUAUCGUCUCCUCCACUUCAUAAAGCCCUAUGGAGAGGGAAACAUGCAAUCACGUAAGCAACCCAGGUUAAAACAGGUCGCCCUUCACUACACAAAGUCGUGAACCGUAGCGGAAUUCGCUAGCCAUUUGGGAUGUAUAAGCGGCCCUAGUCAGGGAUAGUAUUGCCUACCCUCUCGCGGAGUAAGGAGCUAGAAAAGGCGCCCUAAACAAAUGCUGGGAAAUCACGCCAUCUGCAAAGUGACUGUGGCUCGUAGAUGCAAAACUUGAGUUUGAAAUACAGCAAUAAACACCAACAACCCUUCUUCCCCUCUCUUCAUUUCCCUCGGGUGCUGGGGUGAGUCUGCUCACUCUGGCAGCUUUCAAUAUCCUUUCCCUUUUAGACAGUCUGGGGAACAACCGACCAGAACGGAAGACAGCGCCAUUCGCUCGAGAACUGGCGCGCCGUGAGGUGGACAUUGCUGCUCUCUGCGAAAGCCGCUUCUAAAAAAGACCAACUGGAGGAGGUGCGUGCCGGCUACAUCUUCUUCUGGAACGGCCGCCUGAAGACAGAGCUACGAGAUGUGGGCGUCACCUUUACCGCAGGAUACCAAAGCCCGCCUUAUGAGCCUGCGCGUGCCUCUUUGGAGAGCUAA